AUGGCGGCGGCCGUGCCGGGGCUGCUCCGGGUCCUGCUGCUGGCGGCGGCGGCGGUGGCGCUGGACAACGGCGUGGCCAGGACGCCGCCCAUGGGCUGGCUGCACUGGGAGCGCUUCCUCUGCGCCACCGACUGCAGCGCGCAGCCCCACCGCUGCGUCAGCGAGCAGCUGUUCACCGAGAUGGCCGACGUGAUGGCUGCAGAGGGCUGGCGGGAUGCGGGCUACCAGUACCUGUGCAUCGACGACUGCUGGGCGGCCCCCACACGGGACGAGCGCGGCAGGCUGAGGGCAGACCCCCGCCGCUUCCCCGGGGGCAUCCAGCGGCUGGCGGACUACGUGCACGCGCGGGGGCUGAAGCUGGGGAUCUACAGCGACGUCGGGAACCAGACGUGCGCCGGCUUCCCCGGCAGCUACGGGCACUACGAGCUGGACGCCCAGACCUUCGCCUCGUGGGGCGUGGACCUGCUCAAGUUCGACGGCUGCAACUCUGGCUCGCUGGAGCUGCUGGCAGAAGGUUACAGGAGGAUGUCUCUGGCCCUGAACAAGACUGGCAGACCCAUCGUGUACUCCUGCGAAUGGCCCUUCUACCUGAGGCCCAUGCAGCAGCCCAAUUACACGGAGAUCAAACAGUACUGCAACCACUGGAGGAACUUCUUUGAUGUCUACGACUCUUGGAACAGCAUCAAGAGCAUCGUGGAGUGGACAGCGCUUCACCAGGACAGCAUUGUGAAGAUAGCUGGGCCAGGGGGCUGGAACGACCCUGACAUGCUGGUGAUCGGGAACUUCGGGCUGAGCUGGGACCAGGCGGUGACGCAGAUGGCGAUGUGGGCCAUCAUGGCUGCUCCCCUCUUCAUGUCCAACGACCUGCGGCGCAUCAGCCCCGAGGCCAAGUGGCUGCUGCAGAACAAAGAGGUGAUCGCCAUCAACCAGGAUCCGCUGGGCAAGCAGGGAUAUCGCAUCACCAAGGACAAAAACUUCGAGCUCUGGGAGCGGCCACUGUCGGGCGGCGCCUACGCGGUGGCGGUGCUGUACCAGCAGGAGAUCGGGGGGCCGCAGAACUUCUCCUUCUCCCUCGCCUUCCUGGGUAACGGGCUGGCCUGCAACCCCGCCUGCUCCGUGCGGCAGGUGCUGCCCAGCAGCAGGGACUGGGGCGUGCACAGCUGGGUGUCCUCGCUCAGCGUGGAGGUGAACCCCACGGGCACCGUGCUGCUCAGGGUGGAUGCGCUGUAGGAGGCACGCAGACACAACAGCCUCUGAGCGGGGUGCCUCUGUUCUGUCCUCAUUCUCCACUCAACUGCUUCUCCAAGGGCUGCUCCUCUCCUAUUUACCCUUUCUGUGGUAUCUCACCUAACUCCCCCUGUCCAGUGCUGCUCCCAGCACUGACAGCCCCUGCCUGAAGACACUAAGGACAGAUGUGGUGUCCUACAGCUCUCCAGGCUCAGCGGGGAAAUGCAGCCCAGCUGCCUCGCUGCUGCUUUGCGAGCUGGGCUCUACAGGGACACUCAGCCCCCCCCAAAAAAAACACAGAAAAGCUGCCAAAGAAAGCCCACCCCCUCCUCAGAGCGUGGUUAUCACUGAACUCAGGGACUGGCCUGGCUCGCUGCAGUUGUUGCUGUCUGCUCUCAGCGUUGAGGGCUGCUCCUUACCCCAGGAGCCCCCUACCUGUGGCUGGAGCUUCCCUCUAGACAGCAGCUCCCCUCCCCACUCCUCAAAGGGCCCCUGGGGGCUCCUUCCCAACAGCACCGCCCUUCUUUUGCUGCUGGCAGCAGUCUUUAGGCUAAAGUUACGCAGGUUCUUAUGCAACUACCAUGUAUGUGUGCUCUCUCUGCCUGCCACACGAUGCAGGUGCCUUGAUUUGUUCUGGUUGUGAUUACAAACUCCAAUUAAAGUGUUCCCUAAAAAGGGUGAAGGUU